UUUUGCUUUUCGACCACCAUGCUCCCACCCGGAGCGACCCCAGCGAGCACAGUCUUCGCCGUACCGGAGCUCUGUGACCUGGUUGCCCCGUUUCUCUCCGCCUCCAUCUGGGACCUUCGCACCUCCUCACUCAUUUCCCGCCCCUUCACGCAGGCGGCCCAGCGACUGCUCUUCAGAGACGUCAUCCUCAACCGCGGGACUUUCGAUAUAGACCAUGUUUCGUCCAUGGCCAACGACGAUGAAGCUUCCAAAAGCGCGCGGCUUGCAGAAGUCUUGAAAAACAGUACCGCCAUUGCUGGCUACAUUCGGAGGAUCAGGCUCGCGUUCGAGGAGGCUGUAUUGCGACCGCUGGAGGCGGUUGACCUUCCAAACCUUCGCGCGGUCGUGUUCCACCGGCGCAAAGGCGGCGCCAUCACGCAAAAAUCCAUCUCACUGGGUGCCGCGCUCCUCGCCCUUCCCAACGUCCAGCAUGUCGGCCUCAUCUAUCCCAUUUUCCACUCCGCAGCUGACGCUACCAGUCUGCUCGCGCAACAUACCUCAAAACUCAGCAGCAUUGCGGUCGUCUACGGGAACGUCGUCGACAAGGAAACGCCACCGCCCGCGGCUGCGCGUCGCGUCACCGUGCGUAAACUUUACUUGGAGGAUAACCCCCACCAUAACGACGUGAAUUGGAUGUUCCAUGCGCAAUCCCCUCUCGACUUGGUCUCUGUCGAAGACCUCUCUUUCGGGAAAACAAUAAACGCGACUACCAGGCGAUGCUUGCAAAUGACGCGGGCGAAGUUGACGAAUCUGGCGUUGGAUGCUCAACACGCAGUCAAUCCCGCAUUCCUUUAUGAUGAUGUCGCUAUCCCGGACGUCCUCUCUCACUAUCCACGGCUCAAGCACCUUGUCAUCACAAGCACUGGAUCGGCACUACAAGAUGCAGCGAUGCUGCUCAAGGAACUGCCUACAGCCGUGAAGCUCGAAAGCCUGACGAUCGUAUUUGACCCUGGGUUGACGCCGAAACAUUCGGACGAGGGCUUGUCGGCGUUGGGUUUGCUGCUUUCCCAGAAUGAAAAUGGGUGGGCUGACCCGAAACGUUGUGUCCUGAAGAUCGUCGUGCCGAAGAUGCGGAGGGAAAAAGUCAGGGCGAAGGUGUUGGAGGUGUUUGGCGGCUACGACGCUGUGGGGCAUUUGUCUUUCGAAUAG